UCGCAAUGCUGUUCAUGUUGUCUUCGUAUUUCCAGAUGAAAUGAAUUGGCGGUUGGACGUAUUUACGUGAAACAGAGACACACAAACAAAGUUGACUUCAGUUGUGAUGGAAUAAACGUACAAGGAGACCCAGUCCGAAAACAGCGGCCAGAUGACGACUGCUGAGAGGAUCUCGACAUCUCAGAAAACCACCAAAUCAUCCGUGAUGUCCCUCUCCAGAUCAUCUACCAGUGUGAUGCCAAACUCAGAGUUAUCGCACAGUGACCUUGUGUCCGCUCACCGCCAAUUUCGCAGACAGCCGGACAGCAGGCAGUCGCAGGCGACGUCCGACAGCGCUCUCGCUGUGUCCACCCGAGCACGCAUCCUCAUGCAGGAGAUCAGCUUUGAACUCAAACAUUACAGAGUGUUGAAACCUUUGAGGAAGACGGAGCCCAUUUAUCGAAAUAAUCUUCCGUCUUUAGAAGCUCUACAGACGGAGAAGAUUAUUAACGAGUUUGAACAAACGAAGCGGAAUCACCCGGAUGACGUCAAAUACAAAGAGAUGCUGGAUACCGUUACGAAUUACCUGGAGUUCACCAAACACAAACCAGAGACCGAUCAAUUACGUAUCAAAGCAAGUGUCCACAAUUCUCGGGUGUAACGGCAGAUUGACUGCAUUAAACCCCGGUCACACUGUCAAGGAUCGUCUGGCCGGAUUCACGACGGAUGAAAACCUCACGGAUGACCCCGGAUAGAGGUCUAUCCGCGAUCCCCUACGGAUGCACCACGGUUUAACUACGGUUUUCGACGGAUAAACCAAGGAUUAUUAAGGAUAGGGGUUAGUUGACAACUGAGGGUCGCUACGUAUCGCUAACGAUCGGUGCAGUUUAGUACGGACCACAACGGAUUGUUACGAAUGAUGCCGGAUCGUAUACGUGGCUAACCCGGCGUCCUGAUCCUUGACAGUGUGGCCGGGGCUUGAGGCCAGGGACUACUACGAUUAAUUACGGUUUAAGUACGGUUUAUUACGGAUUAGAACGGAUUAUUACGUUCUUCUACAUAUCAUUAAGACUGUACUACGGUUAUUCGAUCCGUGAUGAAUUUUUGGACAUGUUCAAAAUUUUCACGGACAUACAAGUACUACUACGAUUGAUCAGUGAUUUAAUACGGACAGCUACGGACCGCAACGGAUUGUCACGAAUGAUGCCGGAUCGUAUCGGUGGCUAACUCGGCGUGCUGAUCCUUAACAGUGUGACCGGGGUUUUAGUUCCUCGGCGGUGUAGUGGUUAAGCCAUCGGACUGGUAGGUACUGGGUUCGCCCCCCGGACCCCGGUACCGGCUCUCACCCAGAGUAAGUUUAAUGACUCAGUGGGUAUGUGUAAGGCCACUACACCGACUUCUGUGUCACUAACCACUAACCCUCUGUCCCGAUAGGUGAGGUGUGCGUUCUGGACAGCGAGAUUGAACCUUAAUUGGAUAUAAGCACGAACAUAAGUGUAAAUGAAUGAACAUUAGUGUGCACUAUUGUACCCUACCCCGUCAGUGGCCCCAUUGGGCUAUUUCUCGUUCUAGCCAGUGCUCCACAACUGGUGUAGCAAAGGCCGUGGUAUGUACUAUCCUGUCUGUGGGAUGAUGCAUAUAAAAGAUCCC